UCCUCCACACCGAACGGCGGCAUCGCACAUUGCCGACGAAAUGGCUCCGCGCCGCCCUCGCAAGAAGCGCCCGAUUUCUGAUUCCUCGGCCAUGCCGGUGGGUGCGGUGGACGCCGACGCUCUGCUCUCCCUGCCCCAGGAGGUCCUGGACGAGGUCCUCGCCCGCCUCGACCUCCGCGACGUCGUCCGAACCUCCGUACUCUGUCGCGCCUGGCGCCGCCGCUGGGAGACGCUCCCCUCCAUCGACAUCUACAUCCCCUCCGUCAAGCAGGCGCUCUGGGCCGUCGACUGCGUCCUCCCCCGCUGCCCCGGCCGCGUCCGGCGCUUCCACGUCUACCUCGACGAUCUCUCCGCCCGCCGCCUAGACGACUGGCUCCUCCUCCUAUCCCGCCGCGGCGGCGUCGAGGCUCUCUACCUCAGUCCGGAACCACCCUACGAGUUCUUCUCCCUUCAUUCCACCGUCUUCUCUUGGCGCCGCCUCAUCUCCGUCGACCUCUUCGCGUGCCACAUCCCGCCGCUACCCCCAGACUUCGAGGGCUUUCCGGACCUUAAAGUGCUAAGCCUUGCCAAUGUGACGUUCCAGCAGAACGGGGAGUACCAACUGGAGGAGAUCGUUGAGACAUCCCCAUUGCUCGAGAAGCUGAUACUAUGCGAAGUCUGCAUCGAGGGAGACGACUUCAUUGAAUGGGAGAUCCGGGCACCCAAUCUGCGGCACAUAACAAUUUGCUCAAAUAUCGAUUAUGGCUGGAAUUUCGCAGAGUUGCCAUGCCUGCACUCUGCUGUCAUCGAUUUGUGGGAGUAUGUUGGUGACCGAGAUUUCGCCAAUUUUUUUGCUGGGCUCGUUCAAGUCAGGAAGCUUAGGCUCUGCAUGUUUUAUGCACCGGUAAAUGGGAUUAAGAUACUGGAGACCCUUCCAUGCACCUUUGACAACUUGAAGAGCCUGAAAUUGUUCAUGCACUUCUGUGAACUGCCCCCCAUUUUGUUAGUGUUUUGCUUGCUAAAGAGUAUGCCGAAUCUUGAAAAACUUAAAAUACGGAUCUAUGACGGUGAAGUGCAGAAAAUUGAGCUAAAUGGAGAGUUCCUAGAUGCACAGUGGGCAGAUGGCAUGUGUGCCAAUCUUCAAAUUCUGGAGAUGACUGGUAUCAAUUGGCUUCCAAAUGAAAUGUCUUUUAUGAAGCUCAUUCUUUCUAAAGCGAGGCUUCUUCGUACGUUAUGCAUCAGUCAUCAUGAUGAUUGCUUAGUAUCUCAUGUGGAUCCAUUGCAUGAGCUAGUAACAUGUGGAAAAGCUUCAGCUCAAGCUCAGGUUCUGUUUAAAGGUGCAGCUGGAAAUUAUUAGAUGGCGUCUUCUGUUCAUUAGUAGAAUUGUGUAAAAUCAGUUCACUCGAAUGAGACGGUGCCCCCUUUUUUUGUCUGAAGUAGUUUUUGGACGUCAGAAUUUCAAACAAGAAAGAUGCAGAAAGUAGUUUCUCCAAUUAUUUCGUAGUUUUUGUAGUAUUUUAUUUUGAAACAAAUUGAUGUGCUAUUUGGCUGUGAUAAGGUUAUGUCGCACUACACUGAUGUUUUUUUAUGAGAUUCGAGACAGCUCUAUGCAAUUGAAGUAGUACCAUACUGUUA